AUGGAAGAGUGUGAGAAUUCCAAAGAGAGCAAAAUCAAAGCGUGUGAGAUUAUUGACCUCGAAAAAAAAUGUGGAGUUGCAGAAGUGUUUGUCCGGGGCAUGGUUGUGGAGACUCGUGUGCAGGUCAAGCCAAUUGCAGUCCAACCUCUUCAUGCAAUUAAUUCUUUAAAAGCCUACUCCAGUUUAGGAAGAGUCCAGAACGUUAGGGAGUGA